AUGUUGGAUGAGGGAUCCCCAGAGGCCCUUGUGGUCCAAUAUCUUCGAGUGAUUGUGAUACCAUUACUCACCGCAGAGUUCCGCCAAGCCCAAAAUUGCGACGUCGUGGUCGCAGAUGGAUUGAUUGCAAAGAUCACCGCAAAGGCCUGGAAGGCGUCACCUUCGAGCAUGUCCUCGGCUCUCCUCUCGGAGUAUCUGCAGCUGACCUCGAUAUUGAUCGUGAACGCGUUGCCACGGCUCGCCAGUGAUACUCGGCCCGUGGUGGCAAAAUACGUAUGGGACUUCCUCAAGCAUCCAGAACCCAUCGUACGAAACUCUGCUUGCUUGACAGCUGCGCGUCUCUUCUCGUUGAAAGAGGUGACGAGCGAGAAAUUCCAACGACCGCUCUGGUUGACCCUGCUCAAAGCACCUCCCGAUGGCGAACUGUCUCCAGUGGCUCGACAGGCACUCGACAUCAUGACCCCCGUCAUGCCACGGCUUGCCUCACCGGAUGUCUCAUUGAGAUGGGAUCAGGCCAUUUGUCGGACCUUGGUGGAGGAGCAGCACAACUUGGUCACCACUGUCCAUAUCUACCGACUUCUUCUCCGGCAUUCGGAUCAGUGUUACCAAUCUAAGGAGUCAUUUGUUCCUCCCAUCGCACAAGGGCUCACUCGACUAGGCUUCAACCCUGGUUUCACUGGUGAGACACGGACACUCGCCCUCGAUCUGGUCGAUCUCAUCAUCAAUUGGCACCGACGAGCCAGUGAAGAAGCGGGCGAAGCGAUGGUCGUUGAUUCCACAUCACCUGCUGCCAGUUGGGAGAUUCCUACUCAUCUCAAGGAGAACAUCAUUGGAUACCUCAUACGUUUUGCAGCUGCAGCAACUCCAGAUACCUUUAGAGCCGGCCUCAACACCAGGGCCCUCACGCAGCUUAAGACAUUGUGUAGUCUCCCAGACUGGUCGGAUCUAAACGUCCGAAUGAGUUAUUUCUCUCGGAUUCUAGAAACACCCGAAAACUCUGACAGUGGGGCGAUUUGGAACCUGAUUAACUGUGUAAAGGCUUUGAACGUCGUCAUCACCGAUCGUUCGGAUGCUUGGGUCCUACAACGCGCCGGUGAUCUCUUUGCAUUCACAAAGCGAGUUCUAGUGGUUCCGCAAGAUCCGGUUAUCGACUCAUUCUCCUCGGUACUCGAUCGCGUCUUCGACGUGCUCCCUGUAGGAGAAGAAGGAACUGAGCUGACCGGCCCUGCGGGGGAUCUGUGGCAAUGGAUCAGCGAGUUCGUUCGAGAGAGCCUUGGAAAUCUCGUCCGAAUACCCGGCACCUUAGCAGCUCUACUCUCUGUAGUCAAGCACUCCCCGUCCCGGAUAGAGCCGUUCGGCCAUGGCCUCAUGAAACUCUUCCAUCGCCUCAUCAAAGAGCAUGCAGCUUCUCUGCCGGCGGACCAGGCCAACGCGAACGUUCAGCGGAUCUUCUCCGUUCUAGAGAUAUCCAAGCUCUCCGUCCGCUGCCUCGGGGAUCAUAGGAAGCAGUUCCUGUCAGGUCUUGUCCAGCUUGUCAAUACUACUCCAAAUGGGGAACUGCGACGACGACUUCUUGCCAUGGCACGUGAAUGGGUCAUGACUCCGGGCAUCACUGUUCCAACUACGAAGGAGAAGGCCAGCCUAAUGCAGAAGAUGCAAUCCUGGAGUAAAUACAAUGACCAGGUUUACCAGGAUUAUCUCAAGCUUGUCUAUGAGAUUUACAGCACACCGUCAAUGGCCAGGACUGACCUGACAGUCCGACUCGAGGCUUCCUUUAUCCUUGGUUGCAAAGCAGAGGACCCAGCCCUCCGCCGCGACUUUCUGGACCUCUUCGACGCCCAUAUUCCGAAGCAAAUAGGCCCUCGACUUGCUUAUUUACUGGGAGGUCAAGGCUGGGACGUCAUGAUAGAGUUCAAUUGGGCAUACGUUGUUUUGGAUAUGAUCCUCGCAGCGGUAAAUGAGGAAGCUGCAAUGUCGCCCGCAGAGCCUGCUCUGUCAACACUCGCCGAUCAUGUCCUGCGCGUCAAGGAUAUCCUUCAUCCCCUUCGACAUAUCUUUUUCUACGACUCACUCGCAAUGAGCCGCGUCUUCGUCUCCCUCUUUGGUGAGAUAUGGCACGGACUCCCCCGUAAGGAGCAAGGAGACAUUACCGCGAGCAUCAUCAUUGCCCUGACGAGGCAAGCACCGCAAGAGCUUCCCCGGAACAAUGUGUUCCAAACGCUACUUGCUGCUGUGCAGAGGUGUAACCCCCCAAUCGCCCUUCCUCCUCAUGUCGUGAAGUACCUCUCGAAGACGUAUCAUUCCUGGUACGAAGGACUCGAGUUCCUUCAAUCUGCAGUCGAGCAAGGACGCGAGGACGAUGCAUCUGUUCGUGAAGCCAAUCAAGAUGCCCUCGCUGAGCUGUACGCCGAGCUGAGUGAGGACGACUACUACUAUGGGCUCUGGAGGCGUCGCUGUCUAUACGAGGAAACCAAUGCUGCGCUCUCAUUUGAACAGAAUGGUCUUUACCAAUUUGCCCAACCGCUCUACGAGACAGCACAGAUCAAAGCCCGGCAGAAUAUCUACCCGAUGAGCGAGGCGGAGUACUACGUUUGGGAAGAUCAUUGGAUGCUAUGCUCGCAGAAGCUGCUGCAGUGGGAUAUCCUGCAGGAUGUAGCAUCGGGAGAAGCCAACGCUGAUCUCGCAUUGGAGUGCGCGUGGCGAACUCUGCAGACAUGGAACCACGACAAUGUCGCUGUGCAGACAUUUAUCAACUCUUACCAAGGGGUCCUUACACCCCGACGUCAGCUCUUCAAGGCAUACUACACUCUGUAUUCCAUGGCAUGUACGUUGAAGGAACAGCAGGCUCUUAUGGCGCAAGCAGCCGCGCAAAACCAAUCCCCGGCGUCUCGAGUUGGGGUGAUGGCCACCGGACCGGAAAGCGACUUCGCUCGAUUCGUUGACGAAGCCAACCAGCUGAGCUUGCGGAAGUGGAUAGCUCUUCCCGAAGGUCUGACCCAAGCACACGUGAAGAUUCUCGGUCAAUUCCAGCAGGUGGUAGAGCUACGAGAGGCUAGUCUGCUCAUGAGCAAUCUCACCUCUACCACUCGAGAAAAUCUUAACGAGAAGGCGGCCGAGGCCAAAGGGAUCUUCCACCACUGGCGAGAACGACUUCCUUUGCAGCACGACGAGAUCGACAUAUGGAAUGACGUUGUGUCCUGGAGGCAACAUGUUUUCCACGCCGUGAACAAGUUCUACCUUCCUCUCUCCCCAGACGGACCUGGACAGGCCGCAUCCGGAACACAUAUUCACCGUGGUCACCAUGAGUCGGCCUGGAUUAUUAACCGUUUUGCUCAUGUAGCAAGGCGGCAUGGGCUUCUUCAAGUAUGUCAAAACUCGCUUGCGGACAUCUACAAACUGCCCAAUAUCGAGAUAUCGGAGGCAUUCCUCAAGUUGCGAGAGCAGGCACGCUGUCAUCUCGAGAGACCCAACGAGCUGUACCAAGGUCUCGAAGUCAUCAACAAUACCAACCUCGUUUACUUCACAGGGCCCCAAAAAUCGGAAUUCUUUGCCAUGAAAGGUGUUUUCCUCCACAAACUGGCUCGUCACGACGAUGCAAAUGCCGCAUUCGGUCAAGCAGUUCAACUGGAUAUAUCCAUGCCGAAGGCGUGGGCAAAAUGGGGAGUCUUCCAAGAUGACAUGCACCAUUUGACCCCCACCGACUUCUCCCUUGCUGCCAGCGCAGUCAGUUGCUACCUGCAGGCAGCAUCGCUUCACAAGAACGCCAAGUGUCGACCCCUGCUCAACCGCGUCCUCUGGCUACUGUCGAUGGAUGACCAGGAAGGCACGGUAGCUCAGUCCUGGGACAAGUAUCAGGGCGAGCAUGUGUACUGGUACUGGAUAACAUUCAUCCCCCAGCUCUUGAUGUCACUUUCCCAACGAGAAGGUCGCUGCGCCCAUUUCAUCUUACACGGAAUCGCAAAGACGUUCCCUCAGGCGCUCUAUUAUCCGCUUCGGGCUCAAAAAGAUGAGUUUCAGACUCUGAAGAAGGAACAUAUGCAGCGUCAGGCGGUUGCUAUGACUAGUGAUCCUACGAGCGAUACUGUGAUGAACGGGGUAGAUGGAAAUCCGGUGGCCUCCGGAGCGACCAUACAGGACGGUACCAAACAUUCCUGGGACAUGGCCGAGGAGCUUGUAGCUCUCCUCAAAACUGGCCAUCCUCUGCUUGCUCUCAGCUUAGAGCAAAUCGCAGAGCAAAUUCGAGAGCGGCUUAAGCCCAAUUUGGAGGAAGAAGCAUAUCGUAUGACUACAUCGUUACUCUCAGACGCGCUAACGCACUUGGCCCCCCCUUCACGAGAAAUGCACGCCAUUGCACCUUCCAUUCUUCUAACUGCGCAAAAAGUGGCCAGUACACUUCCACUCGGAGAGAUGAGGACCACCUUCGAAGUACGGCUGAGCAAACCCAAUGCAACAAUGGUAGACAUCGUGCAGGCAAUUGUCAGUGUACGGGAUCAGAUUGAAUCGACUUUGGACCGCCGUCCUCGCUUCCAAUCGAUGGAAGUCUGGAGUCAUUUCCUUGUAGAGUUCCAUCUCAACAGAAGCGAAAAAGUCUCUGUUCCUGGUCAAUAUUUGGAGCAUAAAGACAAUAACUCGCAGUUCAUCGAAAUCAAGCGCAUAUCCACGCGUCUCGAACGAUGUCGAUCCCCAAUUAUCGCAUUCAGACGGCUCACUUUCAUGGGUCAUGACGGCUCGGCCCACAUGUUCAUGAUACAACCCCAGUCAGCUCGCAGCUCGCGUAGAGAGGAGCGUCUGGCACAAAUCACUCGCAUCUUUAACGAGCGACUUUCGCAAAAGAAAGAGGCCAAGAAGCGAAACCUGGAGUUCAAUGUUGUGCCAACCGUGUUCCUCAACGCCUUCUUGAGGCUUGUCAAGCUGGACUCGUCAUAUGUGGGCUUCAUGGACAUCUACGACGAACACUGCGCACACAACGGCUUCGGUCGAGAGGAGCCCUCUUUGCUAUUCCAAGAGAAACUAAGGACCUACUACUACGCAAAGAUGGAUGAAGGUGCUCGUGGAAGUGACAUACUCAAGAUCGAGUAUUGGCAGGCACGAUUGGACGCCAAGAACGAAGUCGAGUCAAAGCUGAUACCAAAGACAAUUCUUAGUGACUACAUGAAACGAACCUUCAAGGACAGCACGUCGCUUUGGUUAAUGAGAAAACAAUUCACACGCCAAAUAUCUGCACUCAAUUUUUUGUCCUAUUGCAUGCACGUGCAAGUCCAGCCCCGGCGCAUGCUGAUAUCCCGCCAAACGGGAGCCGUUUCAAUUAUUGAUUGUAGCUUGGUUUUACGGCCAGACAGGCCAUCGCUUCAGUGGAACGAUAGCACACCAUUCCGCUUAACGCCAAACAUCCAGACCUUUGUUAGUCCUCUUGGCAUCGAAGGCCUUAUGACGUCGUCAAUGUUGGCGCUUUCUCGAGGUCUCCUAGAACCGGAGCUGGAUAUUGAGAAGCAACUUUGGCUGUUCCUCCGUGACGACUUUACAACAUGGUACAAGCAACAGGGCAAAAACCUCCAGGCGGAUGAGAAACUCGUAUUCCGGGUUAACGUCGCUGAGGCCAUUACCGCAUUUAUCAAGCGCAUGUAUCAACUCUCUGCAGGCCCUGAAAGGACGAGGGCUCAAGCCGCCGAAGGCUCUUCUCAACUUCCGACGCAAACCGUGGUGGGAGCUAUCCAAACAUUGAUCAAUCUCGCAAGCAAUCCUUUGAGUCAGGCGAAGAAUCCAGACCAGUACUAUCCCUGGUACUGA